AUGGUGAAGGUGGUUGUGAUUGUUGGGAACCCGUCGGGCGGGACGCUCUCACACCUGGUGCAGUCAGUCACUGUUGUGAACCCGUCGGGCGGGACGCUCUCACUCCUGGUGCAGUCAGUCACUGUUGUGAACCCGUCGGGCGGGACGCUCUCACACCUGGUGCAGUCAGUCACUGUUGUGAACCCGUCGGGCGGGACGCUCUCACACCUGGUGCAGUCAGUCACUGUUGUGAACCCGUCGGGCGGGACGCUCUCACACCUGGUGCAGUCAGUCACUGUUGUGAACCCGUCGGGCGGGACGCUCUCACACCUGGUGCAGUCAGUCACUGUUGUGAACCCGUCGGGCGGGACGCUCUCACACCUGGUGCAGUCAGUCACUGUUGUGAACCCGUCGGGCGGGACGCUCUCACACCUGGUGCAGUCAGUCACUGUUGUGAACCCGUCGGGCGGGACGCUCUCACACCUGGUGCAGUCAAGAUAUCAUACGGAAUAUAGUGCUGAUUUUGAAGUAGUAAGGUGUAGUGAGGUGCUAAUUGGUGUUGUAUUGCAGGCGGGAGAAUGGUGGUGGGAGGGGUGGACCCGCGGCCUCUGGCGGGCAGACUUCUGGCUGCCUCCCGGCAUCACCUGGGACCAUCUCGCCAACACCCGCCAUUUUACCUUUCCUGACUUUUACCAUGUCUGGAUUUAUCCUUUGUUGUUCAGUUUCGUUUUUAUUAGUUUCCGGUGCUGGUUCUUGGAGCCCUUCGUGUUUUCGCUGCUGGCAAAGGCUGCUGGCAUCAGCAGGCGGCGCCCUGCUCCGCCCGUGCCCAACGUGAUCUUGGAGGGUGUGUAUCAACAAUACGGGGUGCGGGUGCCCACACUGGUGCUGAGGCAGGUGUGCGAGAUCGGGCAGGUGUCAGAGCGGCAAGUAGACAGGUGGCUCCGACGCCGCCACGCCCUCACCCGCGCCACCAAGUACGACAAGUUCAUGGACUGCGCGUACGACUUCGUCUGCCACCUGUCGUUCUGCAUGCUGGGCGUGUCCAUCAUGUACAGGAAGCCAUGGGUGUGGGACAUCACACAGUGCUGGGCCGGGUACCCCCACCACAACCUCACCCACGACGUCUGGUGGUACUACAUGCUGUGUCUGGCGUACUACUGGUCCGCAACCUUCAUCCACCUGCCCAAGCCAGGCAUCAAACUGUCUGCGCGCGUUCAAAUGCUGCUGCACCACGUGUUCACCAUCCUCCUGAUGGUAUUCUCAUGGACCUGUAACCUGGUGCGGGUGGGAAGCGUGGUGCUGGUGGUGCAUGAGUGUGCUGACGUGCCGCUGCUGGCCGCCAAGCUGUGCAAGCACGCCGGCGUUGAUGGCCUCACCGACGCCCUCUUCACGGUGUUCCUGGUGCUGUGGCUGGUGACGCGCUGCUACAUGUACCCGUUCUGGGUGAUGCGCAGCGUGUUCUUCGAGGCCACCACCUACAUGUUCAUGCCCUCCGCCUACCUCUUCAUGGGUCUGCUGACGGGGCUGCUGGUGCUGAACGUGGUGUGGACGGUGCUCAUUCUGGCCAUCGUGGUCCGCAAGCUGCGCGCUGGUACCCUCCAGGACUACAGGUCGUCCGGUGAAGAUCCCUCCACGAGCGAUGCCGACAUCAACGAUGGUAAAAAGUCCGAUUGAUGACGGAGUGCCGUAAUGAAUAUUAUUAGUGAAAGAAACGGUGUUCGAUGAAGUGGAGAGUCUGUAAUACUGUGUUAUCUGGCAGCUG